UCGUGACGUCACCACGCACGGACGUCACGGCGCGCGCUGACGUCACGGUUCGAGGCGCGCCACUGAUUUAGGGUGGAGGAUGAGGCGCUGCUUUGGCGGCGGCGGCGGCUUCGGAGGAGUCGGGAGGUCUGUGCGAUAAAAAGUUUUCUACGACCGCCGCACAUUGUCGCCGCGCCAAUUUCUGUCGCCGCAACUGGAAUUUUUCUGUACGCACACAAAUACGGACGAGCACUUCGCUCUGCGUGAUUACUAACUAACCCAAGCGCGCUAGUUAGUUUGCUCGCCAUGGUGGACGUGGUGGUGAUGACGGGGGAGGAGACGGAGGAUGAUGCCUCGACGACGAUGACGACGGUGAUGGUGGUGAACGGCAACAGCGUCGACGGUGAUGUCGACGGUGACGACGGUGACCACGGCGGCCGUCGGCAGCGGCUUGCGGCAUCUGCGCAGCGCAGAGGAGACUCACCCGAAGUAGCCCAACUGCAGGAGCUCGUGAAGAAACUCGAGCGGCAGAACGAGCAGCUGCGUCGGGCGAGAAGGACGGGCGCGAAAAGGCGGCAGAUGAGCGACGAUCACCGCCAACUCCUCGACUUCCAGCUCAUCCACCAGCAGCGACAACCAAAUGCUGAAGAGCACAGAGGUUGGAUGGACCCCGCCGCCGCCGCCGGGUUAACGUCUCCGUUGCUAGGGCCGCCGUGUCGUGGUUGCGCGGACUUUCAGCCACUGUCACCCACGUCGCCGGUGUCGCCGAUGUCCUCGGGCCCCCAAAGUCCCUCUUCAGAUCUCCAGACCACCGUGAUGCCUGAUGCAGGGUCGGGACGUCUCCACCACCGUCAUCACCACCAGCGUCACCACCGUCGACACCGUCAGCAACAGCUACAACAACAACAAUUUGGGCCUUCGGACCAUUAUCCCGUGUCUUCAAACUUUCAGGUGGCCUCGGAUCUGCAGUUGUCUUCGGAUCUUCAUCCCAUUUCGCCGGAUCUCCAUGUGCCCUCAGAUCGCCAAGUGACCCCGAAUCUGCAUCCCAUGUCCUUGGACCUUCAUCCCAUGCCCUCGCACCCCCACGUGUCUUUGCGCCAUCAUUCAGUUCCCACUGAUCUUCGUGUGUCCUCAGACCUCCAGGUUUCUUCUCACCGACAAGUCCAUGCCGUCUCGUCGGAUGGCCUCGCCACUUUCGUAGACCCACAGCCUCCAAGUUCAGUUCGAGUGGAGGAGACCUUGGUGGGGCCGGGAGGACACCGAGACGGAACCCUUAAUACCGUGGCCUUAGUUGAUCUUGAAGAGUGCGCACGCUGGCAAGAUGAGAGCUGGCUGUACACGUCUUCUCGCAAAUGCAGCACCUCUGACGGGACGCCGCCGAGCUGGUACGAGUGGAGCCGUCAAGUCCUGGACAACCCGAGCCCCGAGAUGGAGGCGGCUCGCCGCUCCCUCAUGUCGCGCCUCAGCAGCACAAUGCUUGGGAGCAGGAAUAGGAUGCACCGAGUGAGUGGCUGUAAUCGGCAGUACACCAUGGUGGGCUGCGAGAGCCCCAAAGGAGCUAACCUCACCUUGCCAUCUUCCGCGCCGCAACUGGGGCGACACCGACGAGCCGUUGUGGAUGAUUGUGACUUGGACCAUGUGACGAGGCGGUACAGCACUCCCCUAAAUACAUUCGGAAGCCCUGAGAUUAAAAGCUCAAAGGGGCCAGAAUAUGAAACACCUUUGAAAAUGAUGCAGCUUAUGGACGGAACCCAGAUUCUGGAUGGUGAUGACUCUUGUAUGGAUUCCCGCCCAAGUAACAUCUCUGAACUCCGACUAAUGGUCUGGCUUAAGGAGCAGAAGCUGCAACAGCAAGAAUUUGGGUCCUUGCUCAAUGAGAUGUCCCCGCCCAUGUACUCUCCCGACAUUCUCAAGCAGUGCAUCCAGGUGUGCGGCUUUGACACAACAUGCAUCUGCAGUUUGGAGAAAACCAUGCUCGCAGAGACUGCCACAGACCUUUCCUCGUGCCAGGGUUUCCUCCAGUCGGAGGCGACCGCCGACCCUCGAACAGGAGACCCGCCCGCUUCGCCGCCGCCGCCAUGUGAGCCUCGUGUGGCGGAUGAGCGUCAGGACGGGGACGGCUCGUCUGUUUCGGGGCCCGCAGAUUCGCCGGGGCGACUCCGAGCACCACUUCUUCACAACCUCACCCCCUUCAGCGACCAGGAGGAGGAAGAGGACACCUGCGGUCCUUUCUCACCUUGCACGGACGAUGUCGAUUCUUCGAGAGGAAGCCGGCGAGAAUCCCCAAGUGACCACCUCCCGAACAAAGCGUCCCGGCUUCAGCCGCCCUUACGUCUGCGUGCACCGCAAAGCCUCCGGACAGACGGCUUGCAGCAGAGGAGCAGACAUUUAAUGGUGGAGCCAGGGAGGGUGGCUUCCAGUCUCUCUCAGCCCCAGGCGGUGGUGCGGGGUACAGCGGUAGCCCAAGGCUCUCAGCAGCGUCGAGUAGAUGUGCCUGGUGCGGGUCAAGCCAAAGGCCUGGCGACGGCACCUUCGUCCUCCAAUGGGCUGCCAGCGGUCACUAGCCCAGGCCAAAAUGUCCGGCUGGCGAACACGAACGUGGGUCGCGCAGCGGAAACGAGGCCCCGCACUGUUGCGACGAACAAGCAGCCGGCGCCGCAGCCAAGGGCAGCGAGCGGUCCCACCACACCUGCUCGGUCACGCCUCGUGCAGGCACAGAGGCCGAAAGUGGGAUCGCUGAGACACGGCCAAAUCAAUGCCAGCCCAAAUGAUAUGCAUGUGAGCAUGCCAAACCUGAACAGCACUAUCGUGCGGCCGGCUCUUGCAGUUGUAAAAAACAGCCUCAGCCUGGAGUCCAAUCUUCAGGAUCCAGCUACAGAUGCAUCUCUUCGCUGUAAAACCAAAACAGGCUCGUCGAGGCUGCGUCUGCCGACGUCGACUUCCCAGUCGAGGCUGCCGUGCAAAACGACGCCACCUCCCGCCGCGUCCGGAGCGAGCUAUCGGACGACCUCCCAGUCGAGCAGUCCCGGCACUACUCAGGGCGGCCCAACCGGUUGUACCACCACGCACAAAGUGCCCUCGCCUGGAACCCCGAAACCCCGUUCCCGCCUGGUAGUUCCGAGCGGGUCCCCGUCGUCGGGAGUAGGAGCCGGCGACAGGAUUGGUGGCGCCCGGGCGGCAAGCACCAGCUCGUUGGGCAAGAGUGUGCUGUCGAAGCUGGCGGCAAGCAAGACCAGCCCUAACACCCAGCCGUGUUCUGCGGUGCCUCGCAGCAAGCUGGCACAGCCAACUCAGAGGUCCCUACAAAUGCAAAGGUCUUUCGGGGUGUUAAAGGAUGCUUCAUGCAGAGUCAACUACUAAUGAAGGAUAUGUAGCAAUCCCAGCAUAUACAGAUAUCUAUUGACUUAUAGGAGGUCUGCAUGUGAGGUUAUGAGUGUUAACUGGUGCCAUUCAUCAUACCUUUCUCAAAUUACAGGCACCAUAUUCAGAUUAUAUACCUCUUGAAUGUGGAUGCCCAUACAUAAUUGGGUUUUGACUUGUUUUAUAAAAAACAAAUGUUAUUCAAGUUGAUAGGUUUGACUUUUUUGAACCACUGUAGAUGUGCAUAAUUUACUGACAUGCACGUACACUACUUAAGCAUUCAUUUAUUAAUCACCUUGCUUUGCAAAGAAGACAUUCAUAGUUUCUUUGCGUGCUUUUGCACACGUGCUUAAAAUGAUUUUAAAUGUAUGUGCGGUGUAUUUUGCAAUCACACCUGCAAAGUGGCACUCGGAGGGAUUUUAAUAAUGCUGUUAUAAUCUUAACUUUGGAGCUUUCGUGACUGCAGGAAUUAUUCUUUGGUUCUUUCGGUAAAGUCACGUAUAAAGAAAAAAUAAUAAAUUAAAUAAUAGUAUACGACGUUUCGAUUGCAACACAAGCAAUCAUCAUCAGGUAUAAUGAAAUAGCGACAUAAAAUCUAACCAGAAAAAAUUAUAGACAGAUAUCACCAAGAUACACAGAGACGAUCACCCCUCUCUGUACCUGUGUUGCCCGCUCUGUGUAUCUUGGUGAUAUCUGUCUGCUUAUAUGUCUGUAAUUUUUUCUGGUUAGAUUUUAUGUCGCUAUUUCAUUAUACCUGAUGAUGAUUGCUUGUGUUGCAAUCGAAACGUCGUAUGCUAUUAUUUAAUUUAUUAUUUUUUAUUUAUACGUGACUUUACCGAAAGAACCAAAGAAUAAUGCUGUUGUACUUUGUGUUUUCUUCUUGUAACUUGCUAGCCUUUAUUGUGCCUAAAAUCAGUCCGCUAACCUUUAUUCAGUCUUCGCGUGUACGUGGUAAUUGUUUUUUUGACUAUAUAUACUAAUGGAACUGGAUAUCGUAGCAGGUUUAGUAAUUUAAUAUAUGCACAUAUCCAAAGUAUAAUUUACAUAAGCUACCUUAUGAAAAGAGGUCAUACUUUUUCAAUUUUAUAAGCCUAGUUUUUUCUCCCCAUUAAUAUUAUUCAGGUCUAUUUAUUGUAAACUAAAACCAGGAGUAUAUAUAAAUGUUCCCGAAUAAAUUCUGGGCACGCAGGUCUUGUUGUUAAAUGUGUAGAGGAUAGGUUAAUAUUUCCGUUAUAAACCAAUGAUGGCAUUACAGAUACGCUUUCGUAGAUGAAGUGGGAUGUGUUUGUUGAGGGUCUGGGGGACGUGUUGUGUGGCUGUUGAAAUGGGACUGGAGUAAUUUGGAAGGAAAAUGGAAGGGUUACGGAUUGUCAUAUAAGACAGACAGCUAGGAAAAAACUAUUUUAAGUGGCUCGCUGGUACGGUUGCCCAAUCAUUUGUGCUAGUUAACAUUUGCUUUGCAAGUACAUGGGUACAGAGUAAAUUUUUUACCAGCUCUGCGAAGAGGAUAAUCAUAUUUUGUCAUGUUCAUGAAUUUGCAGCCCUACCGUUGGAACUUUGUGUGUUAAAUGCAGUGGUAUGUGGCUUCAACAAGGUACAACCUUCAGUGGUGUUUACACAAUGAUACUACUAAUAUUGCACUACAUAGAACUCAGUACCAGCAAAUCCCAUUGCAUGCCAUAAUGUUAUGCUUAACUGACUUCUUUAGAAAGACUGUUACUAAAUCCUGUUACAGAGGGGAAUGUUUAGGUUCUGCUGUAAGCACUUGUGGCAUAUGUUUUGUACGUAUAUUUUACAAAUGAUAAACAUUGCAUAGCAUGAAUGCACCCAAAAGCCCCGAAUGCAGCACUUACUACUUACUAUAUGGCAGCCUUGAAGGGUCGUCUGUACAAUAUUUUUUGACUUGCUGAACUUUCUCAGGCCAAUUGUUCACCAAAGUUGUGCUUGUCUUAGGUUCUUUGGUCACUUUCCAAGACAAUCAAAUACAGAGGUAUGGUGGACUUGGUAGGAACUUGGCAUGCAAUGAUUCAUCAAUAUAGUAUAUCAAUGAAAGUGAGUUAUUUUGCCCAUGAUGCAUGCAUAAAAUUGCACUUGUCUGAAUCCAUUGAAAUGUAUGCAAAUUAUAUGUAAAUGAUACGAUUAAUGUUACUUUUAGGCUAAUGGAGCAAAGGAACCAUUCUUGAAUCGAACCCCAAACCCUGCCUGAAUCGUGACGAUGUAUUGAACCACUCGGGAGAUGAAUCAUAACAUGCCUAGUAGAUAUCCUGCUGAUAAAAACCAUAGUUUGCAUUUUUACAAAGGAAUAUUUCAGAUGUUGCCUUAAUUAUUGAACAGUAGUCAUGCUCUUUAACACAAUUUUAGUUCGUUUAUUUGAGCAGCAUGGCUGGCAGGGAGAAUUGUCUAUGCACGUUUUUUUGUGUUAACGUAAUCUGAGCUUUGAAUGCUGUCGGGCUCAUUAUGGUUCUGGUGAUAUUGUUAAUGCCAUUUAAUGAAAAAGUUGGCGUAUCUAGCGAUAUUUAUAUAAUAUGCCAUUUUAUUAACAAUACAUUAAAUGCAUUUGAGAUUCAUUUUUCUAUUUUUUAUUUUGGGCGUGACAAAAUCGCUUGACCAACCUGGGGGGUAUUGUUCGUUGUUUAUGUUGUCCUUUGUUUAAUAAACAUUUUGAGUUUAAACUUA